AUGUUGCGUGCUGAUACUCCGAAUGUUCGCUCUGCUCGGACCGUAGUAAGAUCCGAAGGGGUGCACUGGCUGCAGCUACACUAUACGCGGUUCAAACGAGCUCCGAUCUCGGAUCACGGAGAGGGCACACACACGCGGACCGUAACUGAAUGCGUCAAGUCUAGACUACGUGCAUCGCGGCUCUCGCGUGCUAACAGCGAGAGUGUCGGCGAGCGACUGAGAACUGAGCGGGGGGCUACCUCCGGCACCCGCACCGCCCCUCGCCGCCCACUUCCUCCGAUGAAUGACAAUAAUGGAAGACGUUCAACUCGCCCGCAAACAGAAUAA